AUGGGAAGCAGCGGGGUCGAGAUGACAGCGGAGGAGAGCGAAACGGCGGGCCUGAUUCCAAAGCUCGAGUCUGGUGAGCCAACGCAGGAAGAGGAGGCGGAGGUGGAGGAUGCUGGGCCUGCGCCGAAGUCCGGCGGAGUCUCGUGCCGGCCACCCCAGUUACUGCUGGAUGCGCCGCUUCCUCCCACCAUCGACGACGACGAUCCGCCUGGCUAUUGGGGGGAAGAUGACUCGAUGGCAGAUGAGCUAGAGGCCCCCCGGACAUCCAACCCUGAACUCGGAACUCGACUCCCUGAAUAG